AUGUUUAAAUCUGUUAGUUUGGCCGCCAUUGCGGCUUUGAAUGGAGAUGGCGCAGAGGAAUUCGAUACGCAGAGGUGUCUGCAACUGCAAGAAGAAAUACUAUCGAGUAGUCCGGCGAGACCAGCCGCGGAUAACAAUAUGUCAUUUCCCGUCGUCGCGUCAAGCAAUCAUAAUUAUAAUAUCGACGCGACAAACAAUGUCCGUCAUGUUACAGGAAAUGGAAAACACCACAAUCAUGCCCAGGAAGUUGUUCAUGAGAUAGAGUCCGCCAGAGAAUCCGAUAUUAAUGCCCAAGCAUACGGAGAAAGUCCAUUACCUUCAAAUCCUGUACAUAAAUCCGAACGGACGAGAGAUGGUCCACCAGUAUUGCCAACAGUAAAGCGAGACAAUGGAAAAAAUUUGAGGCCAUCCGAUAUUACCGGCAACCUACUUCCCUUGCCUUGUGCCCAGUUGAGAGCAAUGGAGGGUGAGGAAUAUACUCAAAAGAGUAAUUUAUCUUUAACUCAAGAGAAUCCUGAGUCACUUUACGAAGCCUUAGAAUUGCAAAGGUUGGGAGACCAGGCUCUUCUUGGAACGAAUAACGAUUUCUCCUCAAGCCCACCAAUUCCGAUCGAACGAGAUGAUCUGCCAGGUCCACAAUCAAAUGGCAUAUCUGGAGACCCCAAUUCUACACAUACUGAGUCGACUGCACGUACAUAUGAGGAGAACGACACGGGGCACAUAAACUUUGAUACAUUUCAGCCAGCAUCGGUACCUGAUGAAGGUUAUCUCCAGUCGGAAGAUCCGCCUGCUAUUCAUAGCACUCAAGAUCUUGUGCAAGACACUCUUCUUGACCCUCAGACUCCGGCUCCGUCAGUCAACCCAUUUUCUGAGAAGGGUAGUGUAAUGAAGCAGCAUGAGCUCUUUGGCGCAACCCAGCCAUCAUCGAUUGGACGACUUGGUGGCAGUCCUACAUCCUCUAGGCCAUCGCCUGAUGUUUAUGAGGGAUAUCGAUCCUCACAAGAAGUUGAACCGUCACCACUCGUACGACGCUCGGAGGUCGCUAGCGCGAUUACCCAACAAUUAGAGCGAUCUCCUGACCGCUCAACAUCUACUGAGACACCUGUUCCAGUCGAAUCUGCCAUAGUGUCAAAUAAGAUACAAUCUUUUGAUUCCGCUCUUCGAAAAUUAACGUUAGUACGUGAACCUCAGGAUACAUACAUACCCAUGAAAGAGUCCCAAGAAAGAAGAAAUAACUUCAUCGAACGUCAGGUACAUUCUGGCUCGGAAUCAGAUUCUGAUAUUGAGGCACUACCCAAGAAGUUCCAACAGGCGGCGAGAGAGAAACAUAAGUUACGCGCGCAGACAGCCCUGAUUGGGAGAAGACCAACUCUAUCCAAUAGAUCGGACUCUGCAAAAGAAGUCAGUUCAAUUUCUGCCACGGCUAGUCCACACCAAAGGUCAAUUAAUCAUCAGCGCAAGUCUUCAGAAGUGACAUCUUCUCAUACACCCCAGGCCUUCGAAUCAACUCCGAUUGCUGUGGAGGUUCCUGCAAGUGGACGACGCCGAAGCAUGCAGGAGGACUACGUAGCCCAGUGUGAAGGUUUUGAUGCACGAGACACUCAACCAACACAACAGGACAUGGUUGCUGAUUCUCAAGGUGUUCCUUUGUCAAGCAACCUUGUUACAAGUUCUCCAGUGCCCGGACCACGGAAUCGAGCGCCAGCCUGCUCUGAUGUUGAAAAGGCGAACCCAGAAUCAACGAGCCCAUCUCAGAGGCUAGCAAAAAAGCUACAACAGCCUCUGGAAAGCAAAAACGUCAAUCAUGCCGAUGGAAUUCAAGAAAAAGAUCCCACUGUACCUGCCCCACCCGACCAGAGGAUGACUGCAUCACCUAAUGAAGUAUCUUUCAGCGACGCUGUUAAAGAACCCGUCACCCAAAUAAAGAAUCCACCCUCGGAUGGUGUCGCCUCCACUGUCCCAGAGACUAGUCCAGCCACUGAUAGAUUGAUUCCUAUGACUGAGAUCGCAGAAAUCUCUCUCAGCAUAGGAAAUAAUGAUGAGUUAGAUGACUUGCCAGGAUUUAACAUGGAUGAUGAGUUUAACGAGGUUAUUGGUGUAUCUAGUCAUCAUACCCCGAAACGCCAAUCUCAGUUUCAACCAUCGCUAGCUACUACGCCUAGUCGUUUUGACAUAAUACCCAAUGGCUCUGCUGCUACAGCCUCGUCGGGACUUUCAUCCGCUCCCAGUACAAUAGAGCCACCCACUCCUGUCGCAAGAAAUCUUUUGACUUCCACAGUUCAGGAGGUGUCUGAAGUAGAAGCAGUCGAUUGCAACUCACCUGGAAUAGAGCUGUCGACUGAGCCUUCUGAAUUGAACUUUUCAGCAGAUAUUUCUAAGACUGCUUCAAAAGAUGUUCCUCCUCCAUUGGCCUCAACUGAACAUGAUGCGAAGCCUUCCCAAACAAUCCCGAUUGAGGAGCCACAACUUUCAUCGACAAAAAGAGAGCAAGAAAGCGUACAUCAAAGAACGCCACGUAAAUCUACUCGAUUCUCAAAGGGCCAAUUCGGAAAGUCGCCUAUCACACAGCAACAGCCAAGAGUUGCUCGAGAUACUAGGCUUUCGAGUGUGUCGUCUACAAUUUCGAAUCCUCUUUCAUCCACUGCUGAGUCAGAUUUAGUAUCUCCAUCCGUUUCUAAUUCUAACUCAAGUACAAGAGGUCGCUCAAGAGGUCGCCCGAGAGGCAGUGCUGCUACCAAGGCCAAGGAAUCAAUCAGUGGAACUGCUUUGCCAGCUACGAAAAGACACCGUACCCGAAGCUCUAUGAGCCCGGAAGAGCAAGAAGAUGCCGUUCCAGCACCUGUCUUAAAUCGAAAAUCAAUUCUACCAUCACAAGAAGAUAGUGAAGAUCCACUGGCACUAUCAACACCGCCUUCAAAAAAUUCGUUGAAUAGUAAGAAGUCAAUGGAUAAUCUAUUCGAGGGAAUGGCUUUCGCUGUCUCAUACGUGGAUGCAGAAAAGGAUAAGCAAGUUGCGAUCCGUUUGAUUAAACAACAUGGUGGUCGAAUAUUAGAUGACGGAUUCGAGAACUUGUUUACCCCGAUAAUUCCACCCUCCAAAUCUCGUACCGGAAAUAGUAAGACUGGAGAGGCGGAGCUUGAGAUUGCCUCUUCGGAGGUAAAUAUUGGUUUCGUGGCACUGAUUGCGGAUGAGCAUUCGAGAAAGGCCAAGUACAUGCAAGCGCUGGCUCUUGGGCUCCCGUGUAUUUCAGGACGAUGGAUUUCUCACUGUGUUGACAAAUGUGCUAUUAUCGAUUGGCUACCAUAUCUUCUCUCAGCUGGGAACUCUUCAUUUCUAGGUGGAGCUGUGAAGAGUCGAUAUUUACGCCCAUAUUCUGCCUCUAAUGCGAAUCUCAAUGACAUUUUCACUCAGAGAUUAAAGCUACUCGACGGGAAAUCUAUUUUGAUCGUUACCGGGAAGGGAAAAGCUGGCGAGAAGCGGAAACCCUACACAUUUCUGACUCGUGCUCUUGGCCCAACCCGCCUUGGCCAGGCACAAGAUCUCAAACAAGCGAGAGAAAUGCUUCUCGAUGCGGAGAGCAAAAACGCCAGCUAUGAUUGGCUUUAUGUGGAUGGAAAGCAGGAUGUGGAGGCAGUUGUGUUCGAAAAUACCCCAGCAAGCACCUCAGGCGGUGGCCGAAAGCGAAAGAGAGUUUCGAUACAGGAGGAGGAUGCUUCACCACCAUUGCCUAAACGCAUCAGGGUUGUCAACGAUGAAGUCAUGAUUCAAAGCUUGAUAUUAGGUCAACUUAUCGAGGAUUAA